UGAAAGCUUACAAAGGUGAGUAUCAUCUAUCAUCCACAUGUGCAACAAAGCUCUACAUCAACCUUGACAUUCCAGAGGUUACAAGAGUUCGAGACAAAUUGCACAACACAAUAAAAGGAUCACCUAGCGUAGCAGAUGGAAAACUUCCCCUACUUGAUAGAAAGACAAUAGCUGAUUUAAAGGACAUGGAAUGGAACUCAAAGACAAAGGUCAUAGUGGUGACAUGCCAAGCCAAAAUCGUUAAUGUCAAUAAUAUAUGCAGAUGGUAUGCAUGUCUUAAAUGCAAGAAAAAGGUCAAACCUUUCAAAGGAGUUUUAUGGUGUGAGCGUUGUGAAUUCGAGCCUAAAUCUGCAGUAUCAAGAUAUAGAAUACAAACCAAAGUAGAAGAUGAAACCGGGUCAACGACGUUCAUUUUGUUUGACAGAGGGGCUGAAAAAAUUAUAUCUAAUACUGCAAAAGAACUUGCAGAGAUGAAAGAAAAGGAUUUGAAUGAUAAUAGCCUACCUUGGGAGAUUGGAAACAUAGUUGGCAAGAAAUGUUUGUUCCAAUUGCGUCUUGAUAAAUAUAAUUUGAAAUAUGGAAGAGAGGACUACACGGUUUCAAGAAUCUUUGAGCCAUAUAUCUCACACAAACAGAAUGCCUCAUAUGAAGUUUAAAUCC